AUGGACUUCAGGGAAAUCCUCUUGAUCGCUUCCAAAGGACAAGCUGCCAACCAUGUACCGAAAAGGUAUAGUUUGGCAGUGGGGCCUCCCAAGAAAGACCCCAAAGUUAAAGGUGUCCAGCCGGCAGCUGUGCAGGCUUUCCUUAGGAGGAAGGAAGAGGAGCUUAGACGGGAAGCUUUAGAGGAGAAAAGGAGGAAAGAAGAGCUACAGAAAAAGCGAAUUGAGCUCAAACAUGACAAGAGAGCAAGAGCCAUGGCGAAGAGGACAAAGGACAAUUUUCAUGGUUACGACGGGAUUCCUAUUGAGAAAAAGUCAAAGAAGAGGCAGACAGUAGAAAGCCACCUGAACCGGGGAACUGACCAAAAGUAUGAGAUGGAGCAGUUCCUGGACUACAGUCAAGCUAAGUUGGAGCCUCCCAAAGCUGAAAGCAAACCAAACGCCCCCCUUAAAAGUGCCCCUCCACCCAUGAGCUUCACUGACUUAAUGAGGUUAGCGGAGAAGAAGCAGUUUGAACCUGUGGAGAUCAAGGUUGUGAAAAAAGCAGAGGAGCGGCCCAUGACUGCCGAGGAACUUAGGGAGAGAGAGUUUCUCGAACGGAAGCGUAGGAAAAACAAACCCGAAACAGAUGCCGAACUACCUCUGCCUGUGUCCAAAAGGGCACUGUCUCAUAAAGACAGCGCGGGUACAAAACCCAACAAGGGUUCUGCGGACAGGCAGCUUUCUUCCGAAGGAUUGCCCUUUCCUCACGCCGAGAAGAAAUCCAGACCCAGCACAGCCAAUGAAAGACAAUUAGCUUUGUCUUCAUCCAAAUCCACGCCAGGAGAGAGGACCAAGGCAGGAUCUGGCAGUAGUUCCCAGCCCUCACUUCGGGAAGGUCACAACAGACCUGUCUCCAAUGGGACUGGAAAGCCCCACCCCAGCACCUGGUUACCAAGUGUCCCAAAGACUUCUGCUAGUGGGACUCAGAAAUCUGCUUCUGAGCACGACGCCAAAACUCCUCUUCCUUCUCAUCCCAGCCAUUCCAAGCCUGGGCCCACAGUUCUCUCACACAACAAAGCUAAGAGUCCAAGUACCAGACAGCCAAGCAGUGACUCCGGCUCAGCUUCUGGGCAACCUAGCCCAGGGACAGCUCGGCCUACAGUUAGUUCUGGCGCUAUGCCCAGGCGCCAGGAUGGCGGCUCCAGCUCAGGAAUUGAACAGUCAGUCAGUGGGAUCAGAAAGCUGGCCUGCAAUGCACAUCCCUCCGGACGCACAGUCAAUGGCACAAAUGGGCCUGGACGACCUGCAAGCAGCUCAACUGGCCCUGGGCGACCCAUCAGUGGCCCUAGUAUUUCUGGGAGACCUACCAGCAGUUCUGGAGGUCCUGGGAGGCCUGUAAACAGUUCACAUGACAUUCGACGACCAACAAGCAGCUUAGGCUCCUCUGGGCUGUCAGUCAUUGGCCCCAGACCAACAGUUAGUAGCCCAGGCCUCCCCAUAAAACCCAAGUGCACGGUUGUCUCAGAAACAAUUUCUUCGGAGAAUAUUGCUAGUCCGUCAAGCAAUGAACAGAUAAAUGGAAUGAAGCCUCUGCUGUCUGGCUACAGAUCUGCCCAAGGUCCUCAAAGGCUCCACUUCCCUACUGGCUACAAAAGGCCUCGAGAGUGUGAAGAAGAAGAAGAUGAUGAUGAAUAUGACUCGGAAAUGGAUGAUUUCAUCAAAGAUGGAGGAGAACCUCAGGAAGAAAUAUCCAAGCACAUUCGGGAAAUCUUUGGCUAUGACCGAAAAACGUAUAAAGAUGAGAGUGACUAUGCCUUACGUUUCAUGGAGAGCAGCUGGAAGGAGCAGCAGAAGGAGGAAGCCAAGAGCUUAAGACUAGGUAUUCAGGAGGACUUAGCAGAAAUGAGACAUCAAAAGGCCAAGAAGCUGAAGCGCCAUUAG